GAGUACCUGUCCCGCUGGCGCAUCCUGGACCUGAGCCGCAGCGACACAAAGCACAAGGUCCUGCUCACGAAGCUCCGUGGGCUGACUGGCCACAUCCGCGAGCUCCGCGCGGUGUGGGCCCAGGAGCGCCCGGCGCUCACGGAGAGGGAGAAGAUCAGGCGCGCGAGCGCCGACCGCGUCCUGGACCUCUGCGUGCAGAGCGGCGUCCACAGGGGGGACAUGCAGCACGCGCUGAAGAGGAUUCGGUUGCGCCCAAGGCGCCGAGAUCGGCGAGACGCAGGAGGCCUGUGUGCUGGAGUACUGAUCGGGAGCUGUACCAGCUGGGCGCCAUCUCGACCUGCCAGCUCGAGGACCGCACCGCGAGGCUCCUCGCCCGCUGCGGCGUGGAGGCGGGCGCGGCCUCGGACCUCGAGGCGCCCGCCGGCGCGGCGCCGCCGGGUGCCGCCGACGGCGGCAGGGAGGACGACGGCGGCAGGGCCGUGCGGCUGGCGCUGCCGGACCGCGCCGGCAGCGCCGAGAGCGUGGGCCGGGCUCUGACGCCGGCCGCCGCCUGCUCGGAGGCGGGCGGCGCGGAGAAGCCCGCGGAGGCCCCCGCGCCCGCGCCCGGCGCGGACGCGGGCGUGUGCGGGCCGCUCGGCGAAGCCGCCAGAGGCGCGGCCGCCGCGGCGGACAAGGCCCUGCGCCAGCUGUGCGGGGCGAUGAUCAACGACUUCCUCUUCCUGCGGGCCGCCCCCGAGCAGGUGGCCUCGGACAGGGCGCACGCGGAGGGCUGCUGGGAGCAGGAGGAGUCGGCGGACGUCUGGCAGUUCCAGCUCGAGCACUCCGAGAACUGGCCCGCCGUGCUCAGCGCCUGGCUGCGGGGGCGGCCGUGCGCCGUGUACCGCGCGCGCGACAACAUCGAUCGGGUCUACCACGUCCUGCCGGGGGGCGAGCUCAUGUGCGAGGACGACGCCGACCACACGGUGUCUCAGGAGGAUUUUCCUUUUCGCAUCUUCAGGGGCGCGGGCGGUGCGUGGCGCGAGCCUCUGCAGCACCACCGAGAGGACAACGGCCUGCCCCUGCUUGCCUGCAAGGCGCUCGCCUCGCAGACGCUGCCGAUGCUGGUCUGCGCCGUCGUGGUCCAGUUUCUGUCCUACAUGUCCGUGGCAGCGUGCCUGAACGCCCUGGCGGUAGUCCUGUCACUGAUGGCGUUCCCCCACAUGUCCCCGCUCUUCUGGAAGGCGCUGCAGUGGUACAACACGAUCGUCAUCUUCGUCAAGAUCAUGUACCAGUUCCCCGUGUUUUCCGCCCCGGAGGUGCUGCUGGGCCCCCUCGAGUCCAGCGACGUGCGGAUGGUGCCCUGGGCGUUGGUGCUGGGAAUCAUGAAGGUGUCCCCGGACCCCCUCGACGUGAUCAACCCGAGCCUGACCGCGUCGAGCCUCUUCCACGCGCUCUGGGCGGACCUGCUGCGCCCGAUCAUGGGCCUGCUGCUGGCCCACUGGCACGCGCUGUGCCACGGCGGGCACACGGGCGACCCCGACGAGAUCUGCGGCAGGCUGGACGGCGCGUCCCGCCGCCCGGGCGCGACGGACGGCACCCUCUGCAGCGAGAGCAUGGCGUCCGUUGCCAGCGACGGGGGCCCCCGCCCAGCCCUCAGCGACGCCUCGUCGGCCGCCAGCGCAGCGCGGCGGGACGCAGGCCUCGUGGUCGAGGAUGGCCGCACGCCCCUGAGCGACGCCGGGUCCGUGGAAGAGUCGGAGGAGAUGGAGGGCUCCGACGACGAGAACUGGGCGCUGGAGCUCGUCGCCGAGGCCGCUCAGGAGCCCGGCAGGGCGGCGGUGCGCCUGUCGCACCGCCUCUUCGAGGCCGCCAGGAGCAUGGUGAUCGGGACGGCGGCGAUACGGAAGCCUUCCAUGGACUUGUACAUUCCGCGCUUCGUGCUGUCGAUGGCGCUCCUCCUCAUGGUCCUCCUCCUCUGGAACAAGCUGCAGGGGUCCGGUAGCAACUUCGCCGAGUCCGUCACGUCCAGCGUCUUCGACCGCUGGCAGGUCAUCGCCGUGGUGGUCACCAUCGUCAUGAUCGUGCUCAACAGGGCGGAGUACACCUGGUACUCGAAGCACAGGUGGUACAAGCCCUUGGACGCGGAGGCUGGGACUUGCCCGGAGACGCCGAGGUCCACCGCAUUGAGUGCCUCGUUCCACUCCAAGGCGGACUCCGCCCGCCGCCCGUCGGAGGCCUCCCGGGCGGCGUCCCGCCACCUGGACGCCGACCGCAGCCUCGCUCCCGACCCCGCGCCCCGCGCGGGGGGCGGCGCGGGGGCGGACGCGAGCCUGCUGAUCCCGGUGCUGCAGAAGGCGCUGCUGCUCCUCCAGCUGGUGGCCCUGCACGCGGCGUACAUGUACAAGUGGGCUCGCGAGGACGAUGUCAGGAACGCAAACCCCUCAAUGCAGAGCAGCAUCGCCAACGCGGUCUUCUACCUAGUGUACAUGGCUUACCUGUCGCUGACGUCGCUGCAGUUAAAGUACGACAUCCACAUGGUGCGAGGAGGCCUGAACCUGACGCACACCACGGAUAUAGUAAGCAAUCUGAUGUUCAAGGCGUACACCGCGAUCCCGUUCGUGGAGGAGCUGCGGGUGCUGACGGACUGGACGGCCACCAAGACGUCCCUGGACUUUUUCAUGUGGAUGAAGCUGGAGGAUGCGCAGCAGAAUCUGUACAGGGUGAAGAGGGACAUGCUGGUGCGGGCGUGGGUUACUCCAACGCACCCCCGAGACUGGUUCGAGAAGUUCUACAGCGGAAUCUUGCUCAUCGCUCUCCUCGUUCUUCUCAUAGUGGCCCCGCUCAUGUACUUCUCGACCAUGAACCCGACGCUUGUGCACAGCAAGAUCUACGCCGCGAAACUCAGCAUCUCCCUCGACAUAGCCAAUGGCGAUACCCACCGGACGACAGUCAUCCAGCGGCGCACCAGGAGGCGCUGA